UAUUGAUUUUACUGUCCGGUCGGUGCACAUCCUCACACAGGACAGGACACAGCAGUUGGUGAUUCGGGUUGAGUUCCGUGGUUCCGAAAUGCGUUCGUUUGCAGUGUUGAUCCUGGCGGCGGCCGUUCUUGGGCUGGCCGCAGCAGGUCAGACGCGGCCCCGCUCGGCCGCCGAUUUGGCCGUUGACAUCUACCGAACCUGCCUGGACGACAUGAACCUCAAGUGCGCCAAGUCGAAGGCCCUUUCGUGGAUGAGCAAGGUCGCCGAACAGGACGAGAUCCAGAUCACCGACUCGUUGACGCUGGUCCGCACUGGAGUCGAGGACGAGGAAGUCCCGGAGGUCAAGGAACAGCAGCGAAGCAACCCGGCUGUGAACCUGCUGAACAAGAUCGAUGGCUUCCUGUCGACGCACGCGCUCAAAAUGAGCGUCCCGGAGGUGCUCAAGUCCGAAGAGGCUCGCGCCUACAUCCCGAACUCCCUGCUGAAGGGAGGUCUUGCCGAGGAACUGACGGUGCCGCUGACGGAAGGAAAUGUCGCAGAAGGCCGUGGCUUUGUCAAGAAAGUCAUGAUCCCGUUCUUGCUCGGCAUCAAGUUCAAAUCGACCGUGCUGGUUCCGCUCGCGCUGGCCCUGAUCGCCCUCAAGACCUGGAAGGCCAUGACCCUGGGUCUACUCUCGAUGGUCCUGUCCGGCGCCAUGGUCAUCUUCAAGUUCGCCAAGCCAAAGAUCGUCAACUACGAGGUGGUGCACUACCCGCCGCCGCACACCCACCACGUGGACCACCACAUCGACCACCAUCACAUUGCGUCCCCGCACGUGCACUGGGAUGCCGCUCCCGGCUGGAAGCGAUCGAUGCCGGAAGCGCAGGAGCAGGCGUACGCCGGUCAGCUGUAGGUAGGAGGCUGAUGAGAGGUUGAUUUUAGGACAUUCCAAAGCGUUGUGUGUAAUUUAUUAUUUAUUUAUUGAUGUGAAUGACGGACCAAACGAAAUAAAAUGGAUUGAAUUUUGU